UCUUCAAUAAUACAAAAGAAGAAAGAAAAGAAAAGCAUCAUGGCCAAAAUAUUAACCCUAGUUUUCAUUAUCCUCUCCCUUUUGGCUAGCUCCAAUAUAAGUAACGUGAACGCCCAACUUCGUGCCACAUUCUAUUUACAAUCUUGCCCCAAUCUCCAAACCAUUGUCUUCAAUGCCAUGAGAGAAGCUGUUCAACGAGAGCCCCGCCUCGGCGCCUCCAUCCUCCGCCUCUUCUUCCACGACUGCUUCGUCAAUGGUUGUGACGGGUCAAUACUUCUUGAUGACACUCCAACUUUCACCGGAGAGAAAAACGCCCUCCCCAACCAGAACUCGGUCAGGGGAUUCGAAGUCAUCGACACCAUUAAGACUCGGGUAGAAGCAGCUUGUAACGGAACAGUUUCUUGCGCUGAUAUCCUCGCGCUAGCAGCCCGUGCAGGAACUGUUUUGUUGGGAGGUCCUACAUGGGUGGUUCCAUUAGGUCGUAGAGACGCUAGAACAGCUAGCCUUAACACGGCCAACACCGAUCUUCCUUCCCCUUUUGCCAACUUGUCAUCACUCAUAACCUCGUUUUCAAAUAAAGGACUUUCUCCCCGCGACAUGACGGCUCUCUCGGGUAGCCACACCAUAGGACUAGCCCAAUGUUUCACUUUCAGGCCGCGUAUAUACAACGACACCAACAUCAACCCGAACUUCGCCACCCUACGUCAAUCCACUUGUCCCGUAAACGGGGGCAACUCAAAUCUGGCUCCUCUCGACAUCCAGUCACCACAGCGAUUCGGAAACGACUAUUACCAAAACUUGGUCACUCAACGUGGUUUGCUCCAUUCGGACCAAGAAUUGUUCAACGGUGGCUCACAGGACGCCCUGGUCCGGCUCUAUAGUGUGAACCAGCUUCUGUUUUUUAUAGACUUUGCGGGUGCAAUGGUGAGAAUGGGGAAUAUAAGCCCUCUUACAGGAACUAAUGGAGAGAUCAGGAAGAAUUGUAGGGUCAUUAAUUGAUUAAUCGAUAACUAUAAGUGUGUGUUAUUAAUAUGGUUUAAUUUUGUGGGGGGUGGUUUAGGUUUAAUUAAUCUAUACCUUGAAGGCUUUUAUGGUAAUUACUUCUAGAUUUUGUAAGUUUUUUAUCCUUCCAGUUUCAAUGUUUCUUGU